AUGCACGCCGCGGCUGCGCUGCGCUUGCGGCGCCGCCACGACCGCAUGCCCGCCGGCCGCGGCGCGCCGGGCGCGCCGGCCCCAACCCCUGCUGCCGCCGCCCACCCCUUUGCCGUCGCCGCGGGCGAGCCGGCGCCUGCGCGUGCCGGCCCCCAGCGCGCCGCGCUGGUGACCACUUUCAUGCAACCUCCACCCACGCCGGCACCCACUGCGGCAUCAGCCGGCGACAGCCCCGCGCUCAGCCCCUGCGCGGCGGCGCCCGGUGCGCCGGGCCCCUGCAUUGACCUGGCCGUGCUGCGGGACCUCCUGAGAGACCACAAGCGCGCCUCAGCCGCGGGCGCGGGCGCCGGCGGCAUGGGCCUCGAGCAUGCCGGGCGCGCGGCUGGCGGUCAGGGCGCCCUCUACUCGAGUCAGAUGAGGCACGUUUCGGUCAGCGCCAAGGUGCAUGACCACCCGCCCGACUUUCACGCCUACGCCUCGCGCCUCUCGAGCGAGGUCGCUGCUUCCCUCAGCGCCGCCCUUGCGACGCAGCUGCGCGGGUGCGCCGGUGGAGCGGCGGCGGCAGCGCGCCUGCCGACAGUGGUGCGCGCGGUUGUGGCGGAGGGCUGCGUGCAGCUGGUGGCGUGGGCGGCGGGCGCGCUCGCGCACCUCGCGAUGGGGCCGCCGGUGCCACUCGCGGGCGGCGACACUGCGCCCGCAGCCGCGGACAGCGGCCCCCAGCGCUUGGAGAGAGGCGUGGUCGAAGAGGUCGUCUCUGGCAGCGAGCUGCUGCGCGCCGCCGCCAGCGCGACGCUGCAGGUUGGCGGCACCGUCGCCACGCUGCGUGGCGGCGGCGGCGCAGCCUUCUCGCAGCUGAGCGGGCGGUGUGCCGGCAGCGGCGCCUGCGACAGCGCUGACCGUGGCGACCUGCAGCUUCAGUACGCCUGGCCCUGCUGCCUCCCCGUCGCCGCAGCGCCGUGCUGCGCUGCCGCUGCUGGGGCCGUCCUGGAGGUCCGCCUGGCGCCGGCCGGCGCCGCGGCCGCGGCGGGCGUGCGGGCGCUGCGGGCGCGCGCGCUGCUGGUCGAUGGCGCGGACGUGCUGCUUGAUGCGCGCCUGGUGCUGGACACUGCGCGCCCUGUGGUCAGGAUUGAGCUGCCCCCAAGUCUCUGCCUGCACCAGGGCUCAUAUGAGCUCUGCAUCUUGUCGGACAUCCCCACACAAGGCGGCGACACCGCCUCCACCGCUUCACCCACGCCCCUGCUGCCGCCGGCGGGCUGCGUGUUGGCGUCGUUGCCGCUGCUGGUGCUGCCGGCGGCCGCGGUGCGCGAGCUGUGCGGGCUCCUGGACACCAUGACGCAGGAGGAGGUGGCCAAGAGGGCAGCUGCCGCGGUCUCAGGCACUCCUGUAGCCCAGGACCCCCUUGGAGCGCUUGCGCCCCCAUCACGCGGCAACUUCCUCCGUCGCCUUGGCGCCGCACUUGGCCUUGCGUGCAGCGCGCCGCCCCAGCCCGCGGCGGAAGCGGCGCCGUCGCAGGCGCGCGCGGCGGCGUGGCGCGGGCACUGGCGGCCGCUGUUGGACGAUCUCGGGCUCUUGUUGUCCCUGCCUGCGCGCGGCGCAGCGGGGACAGAGGAGAUGGGAACAGAGGGCGCCGGCGAGCUGGCGCGCGUCACCGCGGUGCUCCUGAAGUAUCUCCUGCAAACCUCCUGCUUCGCCGCCGCCGCCGCGCUGCUGUCUGCCGCCUGUGCCGCCGGCCUGCCCUUCAGCUGGCGCGGCGACCGCCUGGCGCACGGCGAGCAGAUGGGGCCUGGCCCUGCGGAGCUGGCGGGCAUGAUGGACGAGCUGGCGUACGAGAUGGCUCAAGAGGGGAUGGGGCGGCAGACAGAGCGGGCGCAGCAAGAGCAGCACGAGGAGGCCGCUGAGGGGGCCCCCGCAGCCCAGGAGCCAGGCGCUGCCUCGGUCGAGGCUCUCCUGUAUGCCGCACCGCGGCCGCGCAACCAGGCCUCGCGCCGCCCCAGCUUUGGGGGCGGCAGCGGCUGCGGCACGGCGGCGCCUUUUGCUGAGGAGGACGGCGCAUCUGGCAGCGCUGGCGGCGCCGGCGUGGUCUGGCGCGUCCUGCCGCCGCCAUGCGCCCGGCACCGCGGCCUCGGCGCGGAGGGGGCCGGCGACGGCGAGGAGGGCGUGGGUGGCGCAGUUGCAGCCGUGGCGCGCGAGGGGGCUGCCGCGUUCUGCUGCUCCUCAGGCGCCGGCGACGCGGCGCGCCAUUCGGCCCCGCCGGGCCCGCGCCUGCCUGCGAGCGGCGCCGGUGGUAGAAGCGGCAGCACAGAAGACAGCCUCAUCGCGGCUGCGGCGGCAGCGGCCGCUGCCCCUGCGCAGCGCACGUCCGGCGCCGGCGGCUGGCCGGCAGUGAUGGUGUUCCACAGAGAGGGCGGCGGCGCCGGCGGCAUGCUGGCGCCCCGCGUCGCGCGCCAGCUGGCGCUCGCGAGCUUCGGCCGCGGCUUCACGCCGCCCGCGCUGGAGGGCGCGUUCUUGCUGUGGAGCAACGCGCUGCAUGCAGACAUUGACGGCGUAGCCGUCCUGGUGCUGGCGGUGUUGCUGCUCCUUACACUGGCAAAGGGUUCAGCGCCCGACGGCGCCUCAGGCGUCGGUGGCGGGGCCACGCUCCUGCGGCUGCUGCGGGCGGCGGCGCCGGGCGCGGCCGGGCUGCACUGGGCGAUCGCGUUCGCGGUGGCGGCGGCGAUUGCGCACGCGGCGCUGCUGACGUCGCCGCACUUCGUCAGCUGGUACAUCGUCCACCGGGAGGCCUUCUGCCUGUCCCUGGGCGCGCUCUGCCACUGCCUGCUGCUGGCGGGCGCUGCGGCGGCGUGCGAGCGGCCGCUGCCGGAGGGCGCGAGGGGCAUGCUGAAGCUGGUGGUCGUCGCUUUUGGUGCCGAGCUCUUCUUUCUGCAGCUCGCGUCCCUCUCGGCUGUCGCCCUCCUCCUGUCCCCGCCCGGCGCGUGGUUGCAGCUGGCCGGCAUGGUGGCGGCCGCCUGCGGCGCCGCGGCGUGGGUGAUGUUCACAAACAGCCUCAGGUCGAGGGAGUGGUUUCUGCAGCAGUGCGUCCGCCCGGCGGCAAUCAUGGUGCCUGACAGCGGCGGCGACGGCGAUAACGGCCGCGAGUAUAAUGGCGUCGGUUAUGACGGCCGCGGCGACGAUGGAGCGCCAGGCGAGGACGGCUCGCAAAUGGAGCCAUCGCCAGGCCAAGGGGCCGCCAACGGCGCGGCCGGGGACGAGGGGGGCCGCGCCCGCGCCGCGCAGGCGCGGGGGCCGCGCCCGCGUGCGCCGCCGCCGGCGCUCUUCCUGCCGCUGGGGUUUAGGGAGCGCUCCUGCGUGUGCGUCAUAAAAGGCCCAGUCACUGGGCCGCCGGCGGCAGCAGGCGCGCUCGGCGCCGCUGCCGCUACCACCGCAGCCGGCCUGGGCGGCUGCGGGCUGCCUGGCUGCAGCCUGGUGCGCCUGGAGCUGCUCGUGGGCGCCGCGACGAGCGGCGGCCGCGGCUUGUGGGCCAACCCCGGCAUUGCAGCGUUAUGCGCCGCCCUCCGCCACGUGCCGCCCGGCGUUUCCGGCACGCCCACGGGUGUCGACGCGACCGGCGGCGCGGCGGGGCCGGCCGCAGCGGCAGUGGCGGCGCCGCCGGGGUACCAGGAGAUGCAGUGCAUUGCAUUGGUCGGCGGCGGCUACUGCGGCGGCGACUGCGCGGCGGCCCAGCUGCCGCCCUG